GCCAGCGCAGGGUGCGAAAAGCCGCGACGCCUCUUCUUGUGUGCGGGCUGAGCCGCACGUCCCCUCGACUUGAAAGAUUACGCUCCUCCAAAAGGAAGGCGCGGCGGCGAGAGGCAGGCAGGAGGCGUGUCUGCCCCGCAGAAGACCUUCAGCCGAGGCUUGCCUGUGGCAGCGAGAGCAGCGACAUGUCGGCGGUGCCUCCUCGCCCUCUGCGUCGGGCGCUGCUGGUCUUCCUUCUCGCCCUGCUCGCGGGAGGCGCUUCCGCGCAACCCCCGACGGCGGAGCAGCGCUGCUUUUGUCAGGUCACGGGUCAUUUAGAUGACUGCACUUGUGAUGUAGAGACCAUUGAUACCUUCAACAACUACAAAAUUUUCCCCCGGUUGCAAGAACUUCUACAAAGUGAUUAUUUCAGAUAUUACAAGGUUAACCUGAAGAAGCUGUGUCCUUUCUGGAGCGACAGUAGUCACUGUGGAAUUAGACACUGUGCCGUUAAUCCAUGUCCAUCUGAUGCAGUCCCUGGUGGAAUUAGAUCAGAGACUUAUAAGUAUUCAGAAGCAGCUGCUGCCACCACCUUUGCUGAAGGCUGUGAAAAAGCAGAAAACCUUGGGGCUGUUGACAAAUCUUUGAGUGAGGAAACUGCACGGGCUAUGAUUCAGUGGACCCAGCAUGACGAUUCUUCAGAAAACUUCUGUGAAGCUGAUGAUAUCCAUUCUCCUGAAGCAGAGUAUGUAGAUUUGCUUCUUAAUCCAGAACGUUAUACUGGCUAUAAAAGGCCUGAAGCCUGGAAGAUUUGGAACAGUAUUUAUGAAGAAAACUGUUUUAAGCCUCGCUCCAUAAAAAGGCCUUUAAAUCCACUUGUUUCUGGCAGAGGAGCAAGAGAAAAUGAAGGGAAUAUGUUUUACAGCUGGUUGCAAGGCCUCUGUGUGGAGAAGAGAGCUUUCUACAAGCUCAUUUCUGGUCUUCAUGCAAGCAUCAACAUUCAUCUCAGUGCCAGAUACCUUUUGCAAGAUACGUGGGCAGAGAAGAAAUGGGGGCACAAUGUUACAGAGUUCCAGCUGCGUUUUGAUGAGGUCUUGACACAAGGCGAAGGCCCCAGGAGGCUGAAGAAUCUGUAUUUCAUCUAUCUAAUUGAGUUGCGGGCCCUCUCCAAACUCUUGCCUUUUUUUGAACGCCCUGAUUUCCAGCUUUUCACAGGGGAUGACGAUCAGGAUGUAAAAACCAAGAACCGCCUCUUGGAAAUCCUCCAUUUAAUUAAAUCUUUCCCUUUGCACUUUGAUGAAAAUUCACUUUUUGCUGGAAAUCAAAAAGAAGCUGCCAAGUUAAAGGAGGAAUUUCGGCUCCAUUUUAGGAACAUUUCAAGGAUCAUGGACUGUGUAGAAUGUCUGAAAUGCCGCCUUUGGGGGAAGCUGCAAACUCAGGGCUUGGGAACAGCACUGAAGAUCCUAUUUUCUGAAAACCUAAUAGAAAAUAUACCAGAGAAAGGUCCUUCCCAGAAAUUUCAUCUCACAAGGCAGGAGACUGUGUCCCUCUUCAAUGCUUUUGGAAGGAUUUCAACAAGCGUUAAAGAAUUGGAAAACUUCAGGGGCCUCUUACGACCUCUUCAGUGACAGAGACCUGAUGGAGACCAACUCCCUUGUUCUAUGCAGAUUGGGCUCAAAGUGAUUUCUGCUGGUGGAGUGCCAGCAUGGUCCCAUUCUUGGCAAGAAAAGCAAAAUCAGCAUGGAUCACAAAAAGUGAUUACACUUUCCAGCUCUUACUUGGCCCUAAGGUAGCUGAAAUAUUCAUGCAAGACUCAUCUUCCAGAGCAGGAUAGGUAGACAUUGGCCUUCUGCGU